GUGACGUAAACUAAGGCAACGCCCUUUGUGACGUUCCACGGUUCCCAUAGAAACGAUUUGUUUGGCGAAGCACCGCGAGAGUGAUUCAAACAAAGUAAGCGCAGAGGAGCUCAACGGUUUGUUUCGCGAAAUCUCUACUAUGUAUUAUAUUUUUAAUAUAAGUUAAAUACUUAAAAAAUCCCUGUACUCAAUUACCUUCGAUUUCAAUCACCUUAAUGGUAGGCUAUGGUUGAUUUUCGAGUAACGUUUCUGUUUGCGGUAGUGUCAAUGUUUGCGAUGCGGACUCUCCAGCGCCACAACAUAAAAAAAAAAAAAAUCAUAUCAUAUUUGUGAGUAAUUCUUAAGUCUGAAUUGAAAGUGUUGAUAAAAACAUCGCGUGCGUCCUUCUGUUGAACUGUCCUGUCCCCGCGAGCUGCAUACCAAAACAAACGACGCUAGUCCGAUUCACGAACAAAUGACUCGUUUGAGCAGCUUCAUGAUUCAUUUUAUUUUCACUCACUUUACAACGAAUCCUUCACCGAAUGAACUUCAGGAUUUCGGCAGAGCGGUUGAAUCAACAUCUGACUCACAUACUGAACCGCAAGUUAUUGUUCUUUCAACGAUGCUCGUUUUAAAACGAGUACCGAAGGCGCGUUUGAUUAAACCCAUCUUCUGUCCCUGAAGCCUGUGGUGGUGAGGACAAUGCCCAUCAGAACCAUCCACCACAGGGAGGCUGAGAGGAGCCGGGUUGCUAGGAGACCAUCAAAUUCCAAGACUCAUCUUUGAAGAAGCUGCUGUUGAUGCAUUCCUGGGAUAACUCAAAUCACUAGACUUUAUACUUGACCUCCAGACCAACACAGCUGCUGGCCAUAAUUACUGCCUCCAUCUGAUUGGUGUAGAGGGAGGGAUGAGUCUUGUACCUGGUUAUCAAGGAAACAACAGUGUCAGUAAGAGCCUGAGAUGGAAAAUGAGAAAACAGAAAAUUCAAGUGGACUGCAAAAUGGACAUUACAUUGUUCCGUUUGUCUUUUGAACGAUGACUCCUAUCAAGACGCUUGAACAGAAAUAUAUUGAGUUGAGGUUGAAGAACAAGAAGUUCACCCGCUGCUCAUCAUAAUGAAAUUCUUGCACCAUUGCAGGUCUGGGAUAUCUAGCACUGAGCAGGCACUGAAGAUUUGCAGUGAUGUCAAAUGAUGUCAAGCCACUGGCUUAUUUCACCAAGGUGUUUUACCAAGUGCUACUGGGAAUCUUUUCUGCCUGCUGUCAUCAGAUUGUACAACGCCUCCUCAUCUUCCUCCUGUGCUGACGGUCCUCACAGCAGUCUGGGCCGCUUCCCCAGUCACGAUUAAUGACGCUGACUCUGCGCCAAUGCUGCUGACUGGAUGGAAGUAUGAAACGACUGACCGACGUCCAAAUGAACGAACAAUCUCAACUAAAUGUGUCUACAGCUGGGUGAAGCGGUCGUCAUUUGAGAACGCUUGAUUAUAGACACCAUCUUUCCCGCCAAGGCUUGAAAGUGCGGAUCCGUUUUCUUUGACUCUUCCGUCUGCAAAACCAGCAUCCUUGUCUUUGGCUCUGUGGUAACAGAGGUGUGCGGAGCUAAGCGGCUUGGUUACUUUGGCUGCGGGCAGUUCUACGUGGCUCUGAAGCUGAUGGCUGCGGCACAGGCGGGUUUGCCGGUACGUCUGGAAAGCAUCGCAGGUGAACUUCCUCUUCCUGUGUUUGUUGGGAUAACGAAUGAGCUUGAGAUGCGUUACGCCAAUCACCCUUCAACCAAUGAGAGCCAGCCGCACAUCCUGGGCUCAGUCUCCGCCCCUCGUCCCCCUGCAGACAGACCUGUACUCAGACACCCUGACACCAGCAUGGACAAACAGGAGGCGUGGUCUCCACCGCGGUCACCCGGCAUCUCCCCGCCCCGCUCACCGUCAGCCUAUCGCAACUACCCAUAUGGUGCACAGAGAAACGGAACAGACACGCUAUUGGCGUAUGACGGUAAAGUGCCGACUCGUCCCAGUGUUCCUCAGGAAAACUCCUCUCCCAGUCAUUAUUCUCUCAAACCGCAGCCGGAGCAGCCUGUCAUCACACGCGUUGCGUCUGUGGAGCGUCUGGUGGAGAGAGUGGAGGUCGAUUACUCAGACGACCCCUGGAGGAUCACAGAGGAGCAGCGUGAAUAUUACACCAACCAGUUCAGGAGUCUCCAGCCUGACCUCAGCGCUCUCAUCGUGGGAACUGUUGCAAAAAACUUCUUCACCAAGUCGAAGCUUCCGAUUCCAGAACUGUCGCAUAUAUGGGAGCUGAGUGAUGUUGACAAGGACGGCGCUCUCACUUUCCCAGAGUUCUGCACUGCCUUCCAUCUGAUCGUGGCCCGGAAAAACGGUUACCUCCUUCCUGAAACUCUCCCUGCCACGCUGAGACCGGGCUUUGUGGAGCCAGGUGUGGUUACAGCGCCACCAACUGAGGCGACUCAACCUCUCAUUGUCUUUGAUGACAAUAUGAUGCCUGGAGCCAAUCAACUGGAAAUGGGUUCUGUUGGCCUUCAGAUGACCUCUAGACCAGGUGUGACUGCUAAACAGGAUGUGAGAGAUGAAACCAGGAAACCGGAAUUCAGCCCAAAGAGAAUUCCAGAGCCGCAUGAAAAGCAAAUACAGCGUGUCAGCACUUUAAAACCAGAUUCUCCACAAGAGCUUGAUGCAAAUAUGAAGUCAAGAACACGACCCAGGUCAUAUUCCAGCACCUCCAUAGAUGAUGCCAUGAAGAAGGUGGAAGAGCCGCCCACUCCUCCUCCUCGACCCCAGAAGACUCACUCCCGCGCCUCCUCUCUUGACCUCAACAAGCUCUUCCAACAGAGCAGUCAAGGUGCUAAAAGUGGCUGGUUGCCUCCUCCUCCAGCUCUCCCUCCACGACCACCAGCGACACAGAUCUUCAGCUUCAUCCCUGGCUCAGAGAAGAGUUCCCAGAAGGCUGUUCAGCAGCCAAACUUUGCAGAUUUCAGCAAGUUUAGUGAGGAGCAGGAGACUGUCGUGACAGGAGCUCUCAGCACUGAAGACCUGGCACCUCCCAAAUCGGAUUCCACAGUGUUACACCAGGGCCACGCCCCUCAGAAGCCAGUACGAAGAAAACUCCACGCUGAAAGCCAGAGUGCCACGCCCCCCUUGGCCACGCCCUACUCUGCUGCCACAUUGACCAAAUCUACACAGAGGCCUCCACCCAAGCAGAAGAGGGAGAUCCAGAUGGCCAUAAGGAAGAACCGAGAAACCAACGCAGUCCUGACACGUCUCAACAGUGAACUGCAGCAACAGCUAAAGGUUGUGCAUCGGGAGCGAGUUACUCUGGAGUCCCAGCUGGAGUUACUGCGGCCCGUGGCGUCAACCUGACCCAACACACACUCGCUUUCUCUUGCUUUCCAUGCGUGGGUGGGCACACAUCACGUCUUUCGAUCUGACGCUGGACUCUGGGUUCUGUCUAAUACUCUGAGCUCAUAAUUCAGUCACAUGACAGGAUACUUACUUUAACUGACCAAACACUUUGGGAUGCCACAAUCACUGUGUCAUAACCACAGGAAGUGGAUUUUACCUCCACAGGAGAGCGGGAAGAAUUCUAGGAAGUUUGUUCUGUCAAAAAACUAUAUUUUUGGGUCAAGUUUGUGUUUGUAUGUUCCUGUUUUUUCAGCAGAAUCAUGCCAACAUGACUAACUGUUAGUUAUGCAGACCAAUGAAAAGGAAAAGCUUCAGUAUUCAACUUCAACAAUUUAUGGUUUAUGCAAUGGAUCUGAUUUUCUAAUGAUUCAUCCAAUAACUGCACCAAAUAAUGAUUUAAAUCACUUUUUUGUAUUUUUGUUACCGUAAUUUAAUAAACAUGAAUACGUUUGAAGCUAAUCCUGUUCCACCAAGAAUAAGCUUAUAAGGGUGAAUCUCAUGAAAACAAGUCACAUUUCACCCCAAGAGCAGAAGAAUAAAAUAACUAAUAUUACAAUAAUAAUUACUUAAUUAUUAUAUGGACUUAUGCAUAAAGUAUAGGUUUUUUUCAUGACAGGUACAUUUUAAUCAUUACUUAGUUAGCACAACAAAUAAUAACCUGAUCAUUAUAUAUAUAUAUAUAUAUAUAUAUAUAUAUAUAUAUAUAUAUAUAUAUAUAUAUAUAUAUAUACUUUAUAUAUAUAUAUAUAUACUUUACUGUAUAAAUUAAAUUACAGUAAAUAUUAAUAAUAAUGGAGAUUGACAACUGUUUAAUUGUUGUGAAAAUAAUACCAGAAUACAAAAAAAAGCUUAAUUUUCUUUAAGAAACAUUCUUCCACAAUUUCUGUCAUUUUUUUCUUUUGGUUUUGGGGUUAAAUAUGACCCUUGACAGAUUUUGUGUGAUUUGCCCAUGAAGAAAAUAGCUGCAAAUGUAGUUAAAUGUAGAAUAAUCAUUACUUUGUGUGCUAGGACAAAGAGUUUGCAAAGAUGGACGUGUCCUAAAGACUGUGUGUGUUCAUGCAUGAAGAUGAACAUUUACACGAGACGUUUAUUUUUACACGACUAGUUCUGGCGGCAUGUUGUAUGUGAGUAGUUUGACAAUACAGGACUGUUUAAGACUGGAAUGUUAGAAUAUCUAGACAUAUGUAUUGAAUGUCACAUUAACCUCAGAUCAGUGAGGGUGAUCCAGUGAUUGUGCUUGUAAUGUAUCACAAAAACCGCCCAUCAAUAUGUCCUUCUUUUCUUUUUACACUUCCUUUUAUGGCUCGUCAUAUCCUUAACUAUUAUUUCUAACAUUUCUUAAGCAUUUCUUACUUUCCUAAAAAUCAUUUUUGGGGGUAAUUCUAGUAAUUAUGAAAUUUUAAAAAAAGGUUGAUUGUUUAAAAAAAUGCAUCAAAUGAAAACCAGCGACUGCAAAAAAAAAAAAAAAAAAAGUAUAAAUGUUUUUUGUUCAAAAGUGUGCUAAAUACUUUCCUAUGCAAAAAAAUAAAUGAAUAAAUAUUGGUGACUUUGCAGGCCGAGCUUGUUGUUGGCCACGUUGUGUGUUUUUGAUACUGAACGAAUCUCUCAUACACUGUGUUCUGAUGGAGGAGUGGGAACGUUCUGUCCGUGAAUGUGUCAAUAAACCAGUGGAAUUAUGGGAGAAUGUGA